CGUUCCGGUUACUUUGACCUUUCUGUCGUGGGAACGAACUAAAAAAAAACACAAAAUAGUAUAUUUUACAUUAACUCUCUCCUAGUACGUUGAUGCGCUACCGUUGAAUGGCCUUCAAAACAGCAUUUCGCGAAUGGCAGGACUAGACAGUGUUAAUUAACACAAAAUCUAAAGUAACUAUUUUACACCAAAGAUCUUUAGCAACUCAUUUAUUGUUUAUUAACAUACUUUUUAAUACCUUAAUCCAAAACAAAGCAAAGAACAUUUAUGAAGUGAGAGCAGUACUCGAAAGGCUCUGCUUGAGGAAGCAGCGCAGUUUCGUCAUAUGUGUUAUACAAACAUAUGCAUAUACAAGUAGGGAGUAUAGCAGAGCCGCGUGUUGAAAAGAGAGUUGAGAGCCAAGGUUACCUGGUUUUCACCCUGCUAAUACAAGUCCAUCCAGGUUUGUUUAUUAACACAUUGCGUUAUUUUCAAACAGUCGACGUCGUAGUAAUAACAAAAACAACAAACAAAAGUGUCAAAUCGGAAACCUUACAAGAGAGGUAGAAAAGGAAUUAUUAGCGGGAUGAAGUUAUCAUAAUGAAACUCACAAAGAAUAACCAGGAUAGCAUGUGCACUUUUCAAUUAUAGCAAAGCAUUUGCUAGUUUUGCGCGACCUCAAAUGACACAGGCGCUGCUGUCUGAACUGGGAAGGCCUAACGCUUAGAUUUACGACAGACGAGCUCUAGCUAGAGUGUUGGAGUUUGGAAGAAGUACAAUUGCGGACCUGCCCUUCUGCCUAUGGGUUGACAGUUUGGAAAGAGGAUAUGAAAAAUAUGGAAGAAUCAUCAGCUGUAAGAACAUAUUUUCUAAAGGAAAGACAAAAUAAAAGUUAUAAUGUUGACAAAUUAAUUGAGGAACAAAUGCCUGUCAGAAAGUUAAUGAAGAAAUCGGUGCCCUCUAAGCAAACAAAACCGGUCUUCCAUAAUCAAUACACUCCCACACGCUAUGAACGCGAACGCGCCACAAUGAAGAACAAGCCGCGCAAGGUGCUCAAUCUGGAGGAGCGCGUGCUGGCCAUACGCCUGUACCAAGAGAAGCCAGUCUACCAGCGUGUGGCUUCGAUCUUCAAGUGCAGUUGGGAGCAAGUACGCAAUGUAAUCGCCAAUCGCGACGAUAUACUGCGCUAUUAUGGCGAAUGUCAGACUGUGACGCACAAGGACACGCCACAAUAUGCGCGCAACAAGAAAAUCAACUUUCUCGGCAAUGUCACAUACGAGUUUGUGCGACGCGCCCACUACCACCGCAGCGCGACGCUCAACGAUGAGACUUUGCGACAGCGUGCGCUCAAACUACGCGACAUCCUGCAGAUCGAACAGUUUCAUCCGAAUAAGGCAUGGUUGGCCGAUUUCAAGAAGGUCUACAAUGUGGAGUGGCAAAAUUUGGACGCGCUAAUUAUAUGCGGUGUACCGCCGCGUUCGCUAGACAACAAGGAUUUGAUCGAAUACUGUACGCGUAUGGUGUCGAAAGCACAGUCGCUGAUAGGUAAAAUGCCCAAACCGCUGUCAAAGAAAGAGAGUUCGCAACUCUACCAUACGGAUGAUGCGGAGUAUGAGUCAGCCAGUAGUGGUGGCGACGUUGAUGUUGGUGUUGGUGUUGAGGGUAGUUUCGAUGACAACGCAUCCGAUUCGAUGUACGCUGAGCAAUACGAUGAUGUGCCUGUGGUGAAUGAAAUUGACGAUUUUUCCGGCACUUAUUUAGACACACCCGACAACGAUGAUGAGGGCUUUAAUGGUUUUGAGUUAGAGCCAUCAGGCGCCAACAACACUGUGGAAACAGCAACAUACGAUUUACCACGUACCAGCGUAAGUCACGAGGCUGCGGCGCCCACAGAAAUAACAGCGGAACCCGCUUUGCUAGCCGAAGUACAGAUUAAGCAGGAGCGACGCAGUCGCAGUCGGAGCCGCAGUCCGCCAUUGCUAUCGCCAUUGACCGUGACAAGUGGCACGAGCACGAGCGCCACGACAGCGGGUGGUGGUGGUGGUGUUGCUGGUGUUAAACGCAAGCACUCACCUACAACAACAACUAACACAAGAACAAAUAGUGUCGAGUCAAAUAGCAAGCGUUUGAAAACAGACGCGGUGACCACUUAUGCGGAGGCAUUGCGCAAUUUGUGCCCUUUAGAGGACUUCGCGACACAGCAAGAGGACUUUCAGGCCAUAAACUUGCUAAUGCAAUUGGCGCGCGUCUUUGAGAAGGGCGCCAAACGUAACGCAGCACAAAGGCGCAUUCAUAAUUCGUAAUUAAGACAUUUGACAUGAUAAAGAAGUUAUAAUAAAAAUGUAUGUAAGCAGAUUUAAGCGUACAAGCGUAUGUAAAUAUGUUAGUUUGAGACUCUCUCUGUAGUUAUAGUGUGGAUUAAGUGAUGCAUAAUAAGUUAAUGUACAAUAAAAAUACAAAUUAAUUAGGCCACAAUUAACCGAAAUAUUAUAUAAUUUGUGUAAGAUUAAGC